CCCAGAAGGUGAAUAACCCUGCUAACAGUCAGGCAGCAGAUGGGACACCUAAGGGUCCUGAUGAGAAGGACGAAGUGGUACCUGCCAGCGAGGUUGGGUGGAUGACCUCUGUGAAGGACUGGGCCGGGGUCAUGAUAUCAGCACAGACACUCACCGGCAGAGUCCUGGUCGUGCUCGUCUUUGCUCUCAGCAUUGGAGCACUUGGAAUAUACUUUAUAGACUCUUCUGAUCCCAUAGAAUCCUGUCAGAAUUUCUACAAAGAUUUCACGUUACAGAUCGACAUGUUCUUCAAUGUCUUCUUCCUCCUCUACUUUGGGCUGCGGUUCAUAGCUGCCAAUGAUAAGCUGUGGUUCUGGCUGGAGGUCAACUCAGUGGUGGACUUCUUCACUGUUCCUCCUGUCUUCGUAUCGGUCUACUUGAAUAGGAGCUGGCUGGGCUUAAGAUUCCUGAGAGCCUUGAGAUUGAUACAGUUCUCAGAAAUUUUACAGUUUUUGAAUAUCUUAAAAACAAGCAAUUCCAUCAAGCUGGUGAACCUGUGUUCCAUCUUCAUAAGCACAUGGCUAACAGCUGCCGGAUUCAUACAUUUGGUGGAAAACUCAGGGGAUCCUUGGGAAAACUUCCAAAAUUCCCAGUCACUUUCCUAUUGGGAAUGUGUCUACUUGCUCAUGGUCACUAUGUCAACAGUGGGCUACGGGGAUGUCUAUGCAAAAACCACCCUGGGACGCCUGUUCAUGGUCUUCUUCAUCCUUGGGGGUUUGGCCAUGUUUGCCAGCUACGUCCCUGAAAUCAUAGAGUUAAUAGGAAACCGCAAGAAAUAUGGUGGUUCCUAUAGUGCGGUUAAUGGGAGAAAGCACAUUGUGGUCUGUGGUCAUAUAACGCUCGAAAGUGUCUCCAACUUCCUCAAAGACUUCCUACACAAGGACAGGGAUGAUGUCAAUGUAGAAAUUGUUUUUCUCCAUAAUAUUUCCCCUAAUCUUGAGCUGGAAGCCUUGUUCAAACGCCACUUUACCCAAGUGGAGUUCUACCAGGGAUCUGUUCUCAACCCUCACGAUCUGGCCCGAGUGAAGAUUGAGUCAGCAGACGCCUGUCUGAUUCUGGCUAAUAAAUACUGUCCAGAUCCCGAUGCUGAAGAUGCCUCCAACAUCAUGAGGGUCAUCUCUAUCAAGAACUAUUCCCCCAAGAUACGAAUUAUCACUCAAAUGUUACAAUACCAUAACAAGGCUCACCUGCUCAACAUUCCUAGCUGGAACUGGAAGGAGGGGGAUGAUGCGAUCUGUCUAGCAGAGCUGAAGGCUGGCUUCAUAGCUCAGAGCUGUCUAGCCCAGGGCCUCUCCACCAUGCUUGCCAAUCUCUUCUCCAUGAGGUCUUUCAUCGAGAUUGAAGAGGAUACGUGGCAGAAGUACUAUUUAGAAGGGGUAGCUAAUGAGAUGUACACAGAGUAUCUGUCCAGUGCCUUUGUGGGGCUCUCCUUCCCAGCAGUCUGUGAGCUGUGCUACGUGAAGCUGAAGCUGUUGCUUAUCGCCAUCGAGAACAAGUCGGAGCUGGGAGAGAGCAGAAGCCGAAAGCGCAUCCUCAUCAACCCGGGGAACCACGUAAAGAUGCAGGAAGGAACUCUGGGGUUCUUCAUCGCCAGCGACGCCAAAGAAGUAAAGAGAGCAUUUUUCUACUGCAAAGCUUGUCACGACGACAUCACAGACCCCAAACGGAUCAAAAAGUGUGGCUGCAAACGACUGAUUUAUUUUGAAGAUGAGCACCCGUCAACUCUGUCGCCCAAGAAAAAGCAGCGGAACGGAGGUAUGCGAAACUCACCCAACAACUCGCCAAAAAUGAUGAGCAGGCAUGACCCUCUACUAAUCCCUGGGAACGAGCAGAUGGAGAACAUGGACAUGAAUGUGAAGCAGUACGACUCCACGGGAAUGUUCCACUGGUGCCCAUCUAAAGAGAUUGAGAAGGUCAUCCUGACCCGGAGUGAGGCAUCCAUGACGGUGUUGAGCGGCCAUGUAGUGGUCUGUAUAUUUGGAGAUGUCACGUCCGCUCUAGUGGGGCUGCGAAACUUGGUGAUGCCUUUGAGAGCCAGCAACUUCCAUUAUCACGAGCUGAAGCCCAUUGUGUUUGUGGGCUCGCUGGAGUACCUGAGGAGAGAAUGGGAAACUCUACACAACUUCCCCAAGGUCUCCAUACUACCUGUGAAGGGUAAAAUGACUGGUACGCCAUUAAGUCGUGCAGAUUUAAGGGCUGUCAACAUCAACCUCUGCGACAUGUGCGUGAUACUGUCGGCCAAUCAGAACAAUAUCGACGACGCCUCGCUGCAGGAUAAGGAAUGCAUUCUGGCGUCGCUCAACAUCAAGUCUAUGCAGUUUGACGACAGCAUCGGGCUCUUGCAGGCUAACUCCCAAGGUUUCACGCCUCCUGGAAUGGACCGGUCCUCUCCAGACAGCAGUCCAGUACAUGGUUUAGUACGCCAGGCCUCCGUCACCACCGGCGCCAACAUCCCCAUCAUCACUGAACUAGCUAAACCUGGCAAAAUACUGCCUUUGGUUUCAUUCAGUCAGGAAAAAAACUGUGGAAUCAACAUACAAAUGAUAACUGAGCUGGUGAAUGACUCCAACGUUCAGUUCCUGGACCAAGAUGACGAUGAUGACCCGGACACAGAGCUGUACCUGACGCAGCCCUUCGCCUGCGGAACCGCCUUCGCUGUCAGCGUGCUGGACUCUCUCAUGAGUGCAACAUACUUCAACGAUAAUAUCCUCACCCUGAUCCGGACGCUGGUGACUGGGGGAGCCACCCCGGAGCUAGAGGCUCUAUUGGCCGAAGAGAACGCCCUGCGAGGGGGCUACAGCACGCCACAGACACUGGCCAACCGAGACAGGUGUCGUGUAGCCCAGCUAGCCCUCUAUGACGGGCCCUUUGCCGACUUGGGGGAUGGCGGUUGCUAUGGAGAUUUGUUUUGUAAAGCGUUGAAGACGUACAACAUGUUGUGCUUCGGAAUAUACAGAUUGAGAGACGCUCACCUCGCCACGCCUAGCCAGUGUACCAAACGGUAUGUGAUCACCAACCCUCCGUAUGAGUUUGAGCUGGUCCCCACAGACCUGAUCUUCUGCCUGAUGCAGUUUGACCACAACGCGGGUCAGUCCCGGGCCAGCCUCUCCCACAGCUCUCACUCCUCCCAUUCCUCCAGCAAAAAGAGCUCGUCCGUCCACUCCAUCCCCACCACCAACCGGCAGAACCGCAGCAGCAAGGCCCGGGAGGCCGGCCACAAACAGAAUGCAACAAGGAUGAAUAGAAUGAGCCAAGAAAGGAAAUGGUUUACAGAUGAACCAGAAAAUGCCUACCCACGGAACAUUCAGAUCAAGCCCAUGAGCACUCACAUGGCCAACCAAAUCAACCAAUACAAAUCCACUAGCAGUCUGAUUCCACCAAUCAGAGAAGUUGAAGAUGAAUGCUGAAAACCAGGCCCACUUGAUGACUCGUGAGAAGUCUGGAUGCUCUUUCGAAAGGAGAGAAAGGGAGAUGACAAUCGGGGAUGAUGAUGUUGAUUCAUUGGUCCUCACUCAUUCUACAGAUCAAGGGUUUGACAUAAACACCACAACUUGAAGGGACCUCCUAUGUGUAUACCUUUAAUGUUACUUCCAUGCUCUACAAUGGACAAUGUUUUAUUUAUCAAUCUUCCAUAGAGAUGUACAUAAUGACAAUCAAAUAAGGAUUGUUCAUCACCCCUAGCACUUUUAAAAAUUAUUUUAAGAGUUGAAAAAGAGAAGAAAAAGUACUUCCUGUCAUUAUUUGCAAUAGUUCACAUCUUUGUGUGACCACACUCCAUGGCUACUGUAGCUGAGGUUACUACUGGUUGUUGGAGGAUCAGGGCCGCAGCAGUUUUCUCAUCACAAUAUCAUAACAUCUCCAAAAGCUCCAGAAAACUGGCUGGGGUUCACCGCUCACCACUCAUACUCCCUAUCUGCUUCUGUUCUAUUUGCACAAAAACUGACCACCUUCUUUUGCAACAUGACGACUUGAAACAUUGAUAUCGUCCCAAAACAACUACCAUCACAGAAAGUGUCAGCUUUUUGGUUUGUUGAUUCACUAAAUGAAAGAAAAGCUGCUUGUCAUUUGGAGAGAUGUACUGUGGUAAUGUGGAAAGAUCCAUUACGUCACUGCUUAGGGUAUGCUACUGUAUUUCAUCACACUGUUGAGUAAUCAAUUAAUGCAUUCCAGUCCUGUAGAAUGGGAUCAUAUUGAAAAUCAGGUGUCUUGAGACUCAGAGUACAGUAAGAGACAGUUCUCGGAUAAGCUGGCUGACAGAGUAUAUAGCUACGCUGUACUCACAUCUGUUCUGGUGAUAUCACUAUGAAUAUGGAUGAUAAUGAUGUCUAUGACAGCGUUUCAAGCUCCUAUCAUCGCAUGGUAUGUCCCUGAUCCCUUCUAUAACAAUAGAGCGCAGAUGAGCACCUUAAACUGAAAACAUAAAAGGGAUGAAAGAACAAUCUUGUCCUAUCCCUUAUGUGCAAACAUGAAAGGGGUGAAUGGACAACCUUGUCUCGUCCCUGGCGAAAACAUGAAUGGGGUGAAAAGACAGCCUUCUCUUGUUCCUUGUGCGGACAGACGAUGCAUAUGGUAUGUACAUGCAAUGUGUGUACUGUACAUGGCAGCGACGUGUCCCCUCAGUAAGAACAUUGGUGGUACAUCUGAGUUAAAUGCACAAAUUGGUAUCAUCAUCAUCUCUCCAUCAGUGUGUCUGUGAUGGUGGUUCAGCCUCUGGGGGAGCGUCAUGUGGGAUCAAGACUGCAAUCAUCCAAGAUAAAAUAGGAACUAGAUCUGUCUGGGCGUUGCGGAUCAACUAAUGAACUAAAUAAACAAGUUUCUAUACUUAGUCACAUCACCGGUAAUACACCAACUAUGAUUGAGCUGAACAUUUUUGUUAUAAACAUUAGCUGUGUGCCCUAAAACUUUAGGGAAAGCUUUUAAGUCCAAACCUUUGCCAUGAUAUCUUUGGCGAAAAUUGGGAUUUAAGAAUGAAAAAAUAAGCAUCUAAUUUGAAUGUUUUUUGUUUGUUGAGACAUUUGGAGAAGCAAUGCCACAUAUUGCGUAAAAUGGGCAUCAAUGGGUCCUCCUUUGACCAGAACCACUGCCUGGCACAGGGUUGGUAACAGAGGCAGUAAAGAGCUUGGAUGUUCUCCGUUGCCAAUCCUGAUGCCAUCAUAUCACCUCUAAACUCUAUGUAGGUAAACGUUAGGGAAAAGCUCAAUCAUAGUUUGGUUUAAAACGAUGCUGCUGAUGACUAUGAAGAAAGCUGGAGAAUGCUGCCUGUGUUCUUCAUGUUAUCCUGGUCAUGGCUCAAGUGUGUGUUCAAAAUGGACAGAUUUUGUUUUGAUCCAAAAGCAACCCAGACAGAGCUGCAGCCUUGGAAAUGAGAGGGUAUGGAGUCACAGAUGAUCCAACUAAAAACUAAACCUGGCUACUUUAUAUAAACAAACAUGAUUAUGUUAUAUCCAUAUGAGCUCAUUUUCUACUUAUUAUUACACAUGACCUAGUGAAUAAUGCUUUAUGAAAGUAAUCCAUUAUUAAUAUUACCAGGCCUUUAAUUGCAUAUAAGAUUUUUAUUCCCAAAUGAAUUGCUUUAUUUAACAUAAUCCUACCAAAAUGAUGAAUAUAAAUUCUGAAAUACUUAUAAUUAGACAUGCAUCAUUGAAGAACAGUAUAAAUCCUCUCUCCUCUUUGCAACAAAGACCAUCCCUGAAAGUAUAGUCAUUAUUAAAAGUCAAUAUUGUAUAGGAGAUUACCUAAAUUUAAGCUUUUGUCUUUAACUGUUGAGUGCUCCUUAAAACGUAGAUGGGCUUAGUUGAAGGAUCUCUGUAGCUGUAUUGAUAAACCUUAUCGCUGUGUAUAAGACUGCUCAUUUUCAUCGACAAGUGAAUACGAAUACAGAUGUGUGAGUCAAAUGGAAAUGGGGUAAAACAAUCGCAAAAAAACUUGAGUUUCAAUGGGUGUAAGGAAUACACAUACAGAGCCAAUCGGAAAGGUGCAUGAAGCUGAAUCUGAGGCGUUCAGCCAUUUGUUCUCUUCUGAGGGGAAACUGUGUGACCUUCACUAUCAAUGAUUGACCUAAAUUAGGUCUCUUUCUAAGGAGGGAUACACUGAAGUAUUUAUGUGCGUGUAUACUGUAUACUGUCAUUCUCCAUGGACAUGUUUCAAACUAUGUGACAGAGAGAGAUUGUUAGACCAUCACCAGGUUGUUUGCAGUGAACAGAUAGCCAUGAUAAUAUAGACAAAAGAUCAUGUAUUUCUAAAGACCUGUCAUUCGCGAGACCCCCCCCCAAAAAAAGAAAAUAUGUCUAUCUAAAUAUGUUGUGUAAAUUCCUCCCAUUAUAUAGAUCACAUGACUUUCUGAAGCAAAAUGACCUGAGCUUUCUGUCUGUCUAUUGGGUGUGUUGCAACUCUACUGUGGGCUCAUUGACACUGUCCUGAGGUGAACUUUUGAAUUGUGAUUACAUUGUCGUCACACUUUGUAGCAAGUAGAAUUAUUUUCAGAAAAUAUGUGAGUAAAAAUCUAUGUAUAAUUGGGUUGUUAAUAAUAUACUUGCUAGCGUGAAAAAUAAGAAAUUGAUAUUUGAUACUGACAAUUACUUAAUUCAUUAUACAUAGUAUUGACAAAGGACAAAAUUAUUAUUUUGCCAUAUAUGAAAAAAAAGAAAAACUAGACUUUUGAAAUUAAAGAUCCUUUUCCACAUUGCAACAACAAAUUUGGAAAGAGCCGGUGUAAUUUGACCUGGUAAUAUCAACCAUCACAGAGAUGCAGACAUAGGAUAGCACCAAUUCAGCAAGGCAUAUCACAAUAAAGAGAGGACAUACUUAAUUUUACUGUUCUUGUUAAAAAUGUUUUUUUCUUAUCAGGUUUACAUUCCAUUUUGUCAGCUCUAGUCAAUUAUGUUACCAUAGUAAUAUCCAUGGAUUGUUUGAAACUGUCACUACUGCUUAUUGAUUGUUUACAGAGUUUUCUUUUUUGUAUUCAGAAGUACUUAAAUACCACUUUACUCAGAAAACAAAUGGUACAAAUCACAACCCAAAGCAGACACAUACUUACAGAAUAGUCCAUUUCAUUGUAUCUAAAUGUUUGUUUGUUUUUUCAAUACGUGUACCCACAAUUUGUGUGACUGGUUUGACUCAAACUGGAAAAAAAAUCAUAACACUGGACUGAAACCUGUUCUUACAUUCUAAGGUUUUUAAGCUUUAUCUCUUUCCAGCGCAAAUACUCCACAAAUCUAAGGUACUGCUCUAUACCAUAUCAUACGUUUGUAUUAGAUGUUGAAGUCUUUGCAAUGUACGCCUCUAAAGUUUUAGAGUGUUUUGAAGUGCCAUGAAAAGUGUUGUUGAACAAGCAUCGUCCAGUCAUUCACAGGCUCACUCACUUAUUCAGAAUGAGUAAGGGUUGAGUUAGUUCCUCUCAGAAGGGGAAGUAAAUGUAUUCGAGUAUGGCAUCUUAUACUGGCAUGGGGAACAUCCAAGCCAUCAAUGCCUCCAUGCCAGUAGAGUGCCAGGCAGUGCUGUAGGUCUAAAGGAGGGCCUGUUUGAAGACCCACUAUAGCAACAAGUGGCAUUGAAUAGGAGGGAAGGGUACAUGGGACAGGGACACUGCUCAUCAACCUUCAACAUAUCAUACAUCUGUGUUGGUCGUACUGUCUGUAGCCUAAGGUACCUAACUUGUUGUUAGGAGACUGCAGAGAGAUAUGUUAAAACAUGUUUGUUGUGUGGUAGAAGGUAUGAAUGACUGAAGGAUGCACAGAGAGCACAGGCCAGGCUGUUUCAUGUGCUUGAGAACACCUGUCGGUGUUUUAGUCAACUUAAGAGGCAGGACUAUGAAACUUCACACAUUGUUUCAUAUUUUUGUUAAUCUAUUUUCUUGCUGUAAAGGAUGGAUAUAACUUAUUUGCUGGAAAAUGUACUAGAUGUAAUAAAAUAUAAUAUAAUACUAUGGGGGAUUUAAGUCUUAACAACACAUUGAAAUUGCAGUUGGCAAUUUUGAAGUUGAUUUUGAUGGAGGAAAAA